AUGUCCAAUCCGAUGGAAAUAGACAAAAAUCCAGCAGCAGCAGAAUCUGUCAAGAACGCAGCCAAUGACGAAUACAAAGCUGGACAUUAUCAGGAAGCCGUGCGUUUAUAUACGCAGGCAAUCGAAAUGGAUGUUAGUAAUCCAACAUACUAUUCCAAUAGAGCAGCCGCUCGAAUGAUGCUGAAGCAGACCGAACAGGCUCUGGCGGAUUGCAAACAAGCGCUAGCGCUCGAUCCAAAUUUAUUAAAGGCUUUAAUGCGCGCGGGAAAAUGCAACUUCCUUCUUGGCAAUUUAUCCGAAGCACAGCACAUGUAUGCAACGGCGCUGAACAUUGAUCCAACGAAUACUCAACUGCUCCAUGACCAUAAGCAGCUAGAGCUAGUCAACUAUUACAUCGAACAAGCCAAUGUGUAUCGACAGAAUCAGCAAUACAAAUUGGCAAUCAAUUCUAUUGAUAGAGCUGCUUCUUCACUUGAAUCAUCGCCGGUCAAAUUAAAGAUAAUGAAGGCAGAAUUAUUUCUAGCUUUGAAUGAGGCUCCAAACUGCACUGUCGAAGAAAUGAGAAAGAACAUUUCGGAAGUCGAAUCAAUAGUAAAUGAAGUACUACGGGCCGACCGUCGGAAUUCGGACGCCCUUGCACUAAGGGCGUACGUUUUGUAUAUCGAUGGUGAGUAUACAAAAGCAAGCGCCCAUUGCGCGGAGGCAUUACGUUGCGACCCGGAUCAUUCAAAGGCACGCCUACUUCGCAAGAAAGUUUUGUUAGUAGAGAAGCAGAAAAAUAGCGGUAACGAAGCUGUAAAAAAGUGCGAUUAUGCAUCAGCAUACAGUAUAUACACGUCAGCCUUGGAGAUUGAUCCGGAUAAUUUGCUCGCCAACUCAAAGCUAUACAGUAACCGAGCUCUAGCAUUAAUAAAGUUAAACAGGCUCCAAGAAGCAAUUUCAGACUUGGACAAAGCAAUCGAGGCUGACCCGUCGUUUGUAAGAGCAUUAAGACGCCGGGCGGAUUGUUACAGGAAAACUGAAAAGUAUGAGGAGGCGGUACGCGAUCUCAAAUCUGCAUUAGAGUUGGAAAGAGAUAACUCUCAGAUAAAAUCGGAGCUACGUACAGCCGAACAAGAACUUAAGAGGUCGAAACGCAAAGACUAUUACAAAAUUCUUGGCGUAUCCAAGGACGCAUCCGAGUCAGAGAUAAAAAAAGCGUACAAAAAACUGGCACUACAGCAUCAUCCAGAUAAGAAUUGCGGCGAUGAGGAAGCAGAAAUGAAAUUCAAAGAGCUUGGUGAAGCAUAUGCUGUACUAAGCGAUCCUACCAAGAAGAAUCGUUAUGACUCUGGGCUCGAUAUUGACGGAUCAGGUGGGAUGGACUUUGACUUUGGAGGAGACUUGGACCCCACCAUGUUCUUCCAGAUGUUUAUGAAUGAUCCAAUGGGAAGGGGAGGAUUUUCUAAUUCUAGAGGUUUCCCACCGCAAUUUGGAGCACAGUUUGGAGGGAGAAGAGCAUAUCCUGGACAGAAUCCGCACACCAGUCAAUUUUACUGA